UAAAAUACAUUCAUCACCUCACAGAUAGAUAAUGUAUCUGUAUUUACUUAUCUAAUCUUAUCAUGUAACAUACCCAACUUUUAUCAAUCAUCACCAAAACAGUCAAAUUUGCAGGUAUACUUCUUACUUGCCGAAUGAAAAUUUUUCUCAGAUUGUUCUUACAAAUAAUUCAUUCGCAAAAAUCAAGAUGAAGGUUAAUAUUUUUUGUGUUACGUUUUUGAUAUUUGUUUUUGCUAGAAAUGUGCCAUUAGGUUCAGCCAUAACUUGUUACCAAUGUGAAGAAGUCACAGGACGACAUUGCGAAUUAAAUGUGAAGCAAGUACUCACUCAAAAUUGUACUGGCUCCUUUGUUUGCGCAAAGUAUAUUUGGAAAGAGAAUAAUAUUACAACAAUACAUAGACGCUGUGCUCAGCAUACCAUCUGUGAAGAAGAACGUGUUGCUUUAAAACCUAACGCCACCUUAAUACACUGCAGCACAUGUAAUACAACGUUAUGCAAUUCAGCACCUGCAGUUAUCUCUCAUUCGCUAAUGUUUAUUACCACUGCAUUCAUAACAAUAUCUCUACUAUCUUUAGUUUAAACGAUUAUUUGCGAGGUACAUAGUACUGGAUAAAAAAAUGUUUUUAGAGUAGGCCUUGAAAAAUUUUAGGCUUGUCAAAG